AUGUCGCAGGCAAUUCCGCUGACAAACUCGUCGCAAGUCGCGUCGCGCGCGAACCAGGAGGUGCGCAUCAUCGGAAAAGUGCAAAAGGUGUCGGGUGGCGUUCUUCUUUUGGAGGCGUCGGAUCAUGGUACAGUGGAAAUCAAACUGCAGAUGGAUGAGGCGCCUACGACCGACUAUGUCGAGGUCAUUGGCCGCGUUGCACGCACGGGCGAUUCUGUCACACAACACGCGCUUUUACCCCUAGGAAACAACCUCGACUUGUCCCUUGUAGAGCAGUUGGUGAAACUCACGCCGCAAUUUCCCACUUUGUUCGCGGAGCAGUAA